CGCGAGCAAGGAAGGAGCGGAGGCAGCGCGCUGGACCGCAGACGGCCGCGGAUGAAGGGAGGCGAACCUCGCUCGCGUGGCUUUUUCCCGCACGGCGUCUUUCUGGCACUGCAAAGGAGUCGCUCGACAACGAUGCUCCAACUCGUGCACCUCUUGGCGGCGUUGGUGUGCGGCAGCCAAGCCAUCCUGCAGGUUUCCAUAUCCUUGAACAAGGUGGAGUUAAGUGUUGGAGAGUCCAAGUUCUUCAUCUGCACAGCGAUUGGCGAGCCGGUGAGGCUGGAGUGGUUCAAUCCUCAGGGCGAGCGCAUUGCGGGCUCCAAGCGGAUGGCGCUGCACACGGAGACGUCGCGAUCCCGGCUCAUCAUCUACAACGCCAUUGUGGAGGACGCCGGCAUCUACCGCUGCCAGGCCACUGAAGCCGGUGGCCACACGGCAGAGGCCUCAGUGGUGCUGGAGAUCUACCAGAGGCUGACUUUUCGGGACGUUCAGUCGCCGCAGGAGUUCCGCUAUGGCGAGACGGCGGAGGUGAUUUGCGAUGUGAUUAGUUCGCCGGUGCCGGAGGUCGUGUGGACCUACAAGGGCAGGGAGAUCGCUGAGGAGCACCACAGCAGGUUCAAGGUGCUGACAAACAACAGCCUGCAGAUCCUCCACGUGACCAAAGCGGACGAGGGCGUGUACCGCUGCGAGGCCAGCGUGGAGGCUCGUGGUGAGAUCGACUUUGUGGAUAUCGCUGUGGUGGUCAACGUCCCGCCGGUUCUGUCGGUUUCCCAACAGUCAUUCAACGCCACCGCUGACUACCAGGAGUCAGUCACCUUUACCUGCAUCACUUCUGGAUCUCCCGACCCUCUCGUAACGUGGCACAGGAAAGGCCAGCGGUUGGAGCCAUCGGAUCAGUACAUUGUGAGUCAACUGGGAGGGGGGCGGAGCAUGCUCACCAUCCGCAACAUCCGUCAGGGGGACGGAGGCUUCUACUACUGCAAGGCCACCAACAAGGCGGGUUCUCAGGAGAGGGAGCUCUUCCUCAAAGUGUUCGUCCAGCCCCACAUCACACAGCUGAAGAAUGUGACGGCGGUGGAGGGCAACGCCGCCAUGAUCUCCUGCAUCGCCGAGGGCGAGCCGCUGCCGGACAUCUCCUGGAGACGAGCCAGCGACGGGCGGACCUUUGUGGACGGAGACAAGAGUCCGGACGGUCGCUUUGAAGUGCGCGGUCACCACGGCAAGUCAGCGCUAACCAUCAGCAGCAUACGGCUUGCCGACCUGGGCCGCUUCGACUGCGAGGCACUCAGUAGGAUCGGAGGCCAUCAGAAGAGCAUGUUUCUGGAUAUUGAGUACAUACCAAAGUUCUUGAGCAACCACACCAUCUUCUAUUCUUGGGAGGGGAACCCAGUGAACAUCACCUGCGACGUGAUGUCCAACCCGUCCGCCACUUUGCUGUGGAGGAGGGAGCACUUCACCAUCUCCGCAGAGGAGACCACCAACACGCGGGUGCACAACGGCAUGGGCAAGUCCGUACUAGAGGUUACUCCGAUGUCCGACAGGGACUUCGGUCGCUACAACUGUACCGCCCGCAAUAACAUUGGCAUUCGAUUCCAGGAAUUCAUUCUGGCCCAGGCAGAUGUGCCAUCCAAUCCGUACUCGGUACGCCUGUCGGCCGUCUCCCAGCGUUUGGCUACCGUCACCUUCAUGAAGCCGGACUCUCACGGCGGCGUGCCCAUCGGCUAUUACCUGGUCCAGUACAAGGAGGCGGGCCCACAGGACUGGAGGGACGUCAGAUCGCAUAGUGUGCAAACGACGGUGGUGCUGACCGGCCUGGAGCCCAACACAACGUACGAGGUUCGAGUGGCGGCCGUCAACGGGAAGGGUCAGGGCGACUUCAGUCACAUGGAGACUUUCCAGACCUUACCCAUCCGAGAACCGAGCCCGCCGGCGGUCCACGGCCAGAGAGGAAUGGGGAAAGCCUACAAGCUGGGGCUGGUCAAGCAGGAUGACGGAGGGAUGCCCAUCGUGGAAUACAUUGUCAAGUACAAGACGGACAAGGAGGAGCAAUGGAUGACCAAGCUCGUUCCGGGCUCCAAUGACUUCGCCACUCUGCAGCCGCUGCAGUGGAACACGCGAUACGAAGUGGAGAUCACAGCCCGAAACGUGAAGGGCCUGUCGGAGCCCACCUUCUACCAGUUCUUCAUGCCGCAGAAACCCGACAUCACAGCAGAAUCCCUGUUCAGCGGCCUGGGCCUGGGCGCGGUGGUGGGCCUCGGCCUCGGAGCGCUGCUCCUGCUGCUGGUUCUGGUGGACGUCGGCUGCUUCUUCCUGCGGCGCUGCGGCCUGCUGAUGUGCAUCACGCGCGCGCUGUGCAGCAAGAAGACGGCCACCGGCGGCAAAGGCAAAGAAAUGGAGGAGGGCAAGGCCGCCUACCUGAAACUGCCGCUGAAGGAAGAAAAUGGCAAAGAGUCUCUCAAGCCGGAUACGAUUGAAAUCAAAUUGCACGGCGACCGCAGCAUCCACGCCAAGCCGGAAGACAGCAAAGCAUGAAAGGGGGCGCCCCUCUCGCACCCGCAAGAACAUUCGGAUCACGACACCAAAACUCAGAGAAGCUACAGAACUGCAACGUAGUCCAGAGAAAUAAGUGUGCGUCACUGAGAGGCGUGUGUAAAUAGAAAUUCGAGAUUGACGCGUGGGUGCGUGGCUGCUGACAUAUGACAUCAGUGAAAAAUGAUUGUAUAUUUUUUGUUUUGUUGUGUACCGUUAUGAGUCCCAUGAUGCUUUUUUGGGGGGUAAGGCGCCCUCCGGCCGCCUCCCGUGGGUUGUUCCAAAGAAUUCGCAACUCAGUCAGAGCCCCCCCCCCCCCC